GAGGGAGAGUCGAGUGUUUUAUCUUAAUCAAUGGCUGCCACCAAGACACCAGAUAUAGUUGGUUUUGUUAUCUCUUUCAUUCUUCUGCUCUUAUUAGUCUCCUUUCAAACUGGAGUCGCCGAGGCUAAACGCAACCUACGUCAAGAACGGUUUCUAGAGUCCCCUCUCCCUCCCACUGCUCCUAUAUAUCUGCCGCCCUCUAAAUCGCGUAGAGGAAGAGGUCCAUAAUUAUAUACCAAAGUACCUUUUGAGAAGUCACGGAGAAGAAUCUUAUGUAAUCGACAAGUUUAUCGUUGUUCACUUCAUGACCAUGACCAUGUUGUACGCUUUAUAAUAAAACUAGUAUUAUCGCC